AUGUCUGAUACCGUCUCAUAUGACACCCUUAGGUACUCCGAAACGCAGCUGGAAGGUUACAAUGAUGCCCCAGACACGCACAAAACACGUACGAAGCCAACCAAGCCCAUCCCCACUCGAUGGCGACCUCCUACAUCCUUCUUCCCGCGUUUGAUCUUCCACAUAACGUGCUUUUGCUUGGCAUUUCACUCAGAUUUGAAUUUCAUGUGGGAUAUCUUCCGAGAGCCUGAUGGUUGGGAAAACUUCCAUGCUCUAUACCUCACUCAAAUCAAUCAAUUGAGUACUGUGCAAGGAUUGGUCCUUACGACUGUUGCGGUCUUUAUCUCCACUCCGCCCCCUCUGAAACAGAUCGACUACGCUGCUGAUGGACCUUAUACACUCCUAUCGGAGUCACUGGUGUUCUCAUUGUUCAGUCUGUUAUUUCAGCUCUACACCUCUGUCGUGGGGCACAGUUAUCAAAAGCAGAAAACCUUCAAAGCUUUGAAACGAAGUCGGUGGCUAUUUCUAUGUCACAUCAUGACUCUGUCAAUUCCAGUUUAUAUCUUUGCUAUAUCACUACUGCUGCUCAUCUUCGGCAUCUCUCUGACGGGCUUUAUGUCCUCUUCGACUUCAGCUCAGAUUUUUACCGGCGCAACUUUCGCGCUACUUGUUACAUGUCUGCUUGCUUCUAUCCUACCGUCGCCAUUCUAUUCGCGACUUUAUAAGAUAUUGUGGAGGAUAACUGACUAUGUCGAGGAAGACGAUGACGACGACGAGUUGGAGAAGGAGCAUAGUGAGAAGGAUACGGGGGGCCUUGCAUGA